UUAUUAUUUGUCAUAGUCCAGUUGAUCCAAAACCGAGCUAUCGAUACCAUUCCCACCGGCAUUUUCCUCAAAUUAGCAGGAAAAAAACAUAGACAAUGAUCUGAGAAGGGAACGAGGAUAGAACCUGUACCAUGUUACGACGGAUUAUCCGUCCCGCACGAAGACUGCCGCUCUGGCUGAUACUUACUGUCGCUGGACCUUUCAUUUUCGAAGUCGUCGUACACCAAUGGCAAUAUAGCGUAUCCCGGCCGACAAGCGAGCUCGACGCACCCUUUUUCACCUCGUGCCAGGAGCCCGACGUCAGCGCAAAGCGAGAAAAUGCUGCCUUGGUAAUGCUUGCGCGGAAUAAAGAACUAGAGAAGGCCAACAGAACCGCCACUUCGAUAGAACAACAAUUCAACAGAUGGUUCAACUACCCUUACGUCUUCCUAAACGACGAGGAAUGGGACCCCAGGUUCAUAGAGGUGUUAAAUACGACGACCCGAGGACUAGCUACCUUUGAUGUCAUACCACAGGCGCAAUGGACGUUCCCAGAAGGCGUAGAUAUAAACGCAGCAAAGCAAAAUAUUAAGGAGCAAGGAGAAAGGGGUAUUCCACAUGCUGGGGAAGAAGGAUACCAUCAUAUGUGCCGUUUUUAUUCAGGUAAAUUCUAUCAGCUCGAUGUAUUGAAGAAGUACAAAUGGUACUGGCGGCUCGAACCGGACGUCGAUUUUACCUGCGCGAUUACGUACGAUCCCUUUGUACAGAUGGCACGACAUAAAAAGGUUUAUGGGUUUACAAUCGCGUUGUGGGAGGUGGGCAAGUCUUGUCCGGGUCUAUUCCGUUCGAUCGCCGAUUGGAAGGAGAUGAUGGGCAUUCCUACUAGCAGUCUCUGGAAGUCUACGGUGUCGGCCUCAUGGAUGCCGUACCCGUUCCGGCGAUUCAUGAGUUGGCUACCGAAUCGCGAUGCGUAUGGCGACGAGUGGAAUUUGUGUCAUUACUGGAGCAAUUUCGAGAUUGCUGAUAUGGAAUUCUUCCGAACAAAGGCGUACCAAGAUCUGUUUGAUUAUUUAGAUAAGAAGGGCGGGUUUUACUUUGAGCGUUGGGGUGAUGCAGCGGUACACUCUCUCGCUAUAGCAUUGCUUGCAGACCCUCGGAAAGUACAUCAUUUCGAAGAUUUCGGAUACCGACACGCUCUUUUAUACCAAUGUCCGGCUAAUGCACCAGGCGGACAACUCCCAGAGUCCGAGCUACUUGGAAGUGAAACGUGGGCAGCAGAGGAGGAUAACGGCAUCGGGUGCCGUUGCAAUUGUCCGGGGCCGUCGCCGAGGAACUUCGGAUCAUUCUGCUUAAACAAGUUGAAGCAGCCAACCACCGUGAGACGGCCACGGUUCGCGCCAUUUCUAUAGUAUAGAAUAGCGUGGCGGCCGUCUACGGUCGGCGCUAUCAGCAUUCUGGUAGUUUGUAUCUACCGUUAUUACUUUCUCUCGAAUUUCCAAUGGUCUCUUAAUCGCAUUGGAUGCGUAACCGGGAAGAGCAUAGCCUUGGCGCUUGUGGUGCUUUUGGCGUACGUGUACUUAUAUCAAACCAUCUCAGGGGGAAAAGAGACGGGGAAAACUGGAUACCACAGAGCAACUGUUUUAUAGGCCUACCGAACUAUGGGCGGUCGCGUUACGCACGCACGAAUAACGGAAGUGAAAUGCGGAGAAAUGCAUUCAUAGGUGAUGAGGAUUGAGUUGAUAGAAGAAGGUUUAACAUAUAGCAUAUAUUAUACCCAGGUAGCCCAGCCAUUCAGGAAAUACACCAAGUGCU